UCUCUCUGCAACUUCCUUGGAUACUAUCAAAUUUCUCUCUAGUGCUAACUUCUAGCUCCGAUCUUUUCAGUUAGCUAGCUAGUCGAUCGCCAUUUAAUCCAUGGGGGCUAAAGUUCUUAUGCUGAUCACCGUGGCCAUGGCCAUGCUCGGGAUGGUGCUCGGCGCAAGUCACACAGUGGGCGCGCCGGCCGGAUCAUGGGACCUGCAAACCAACUACACCCUGUGGGCUUCGAGAACUAGGUUCACCACCGGCGAUGAGCUCCAGUUUCAGUACUCCACCACCGUGCACAAUGUGGUGGAGGUGAGAAAGGCUGGGUACGACUCCUGCAACAGCUCCAGCCCCAUCGCGACGUUCUUGACCGGCAAAGAUGUCGUCCCACUUGCAGCCAUUGGGACGCGGUACUUCAUCUGCGGCGUUCCAGGGCAUUGCGUUGCUGGUAUGAAGGUUCAAGUCAAUGUGAAGUCGAAGGCAGUGCGGACAGUACAACGGUGCCGAGGGACGGGGAAGCGGCUUCGGUGCCGGUCCGAGACUGUAUUAAGCUCGGCCACAACAGGUGGCAUUGAUCAGUUUGCGGUGGCGCGGCUAGCUUUGAAUUGUCAUUUACCUCGCAAAUGUUAUAACCUCUCCAAGGCGGACCUUGUGUACUUAGUGGUAGUGUUUGGACGUAAGUACCAGGUUCAAGCCAAUGUGCCCAAGCUAUAUGACAACGGCGAGGCGCCCUUACCCUGCAGACUAUGCAACUUUUGA